AUGAAUGUGUUGCUCUCUCCCCGUGAAGUUGGGCACGGUUUUUAUACAUCAUUUUGGCAUGGUAAUUGGUUGAACGGAGGAAUUUUAAAGAACCUCUUCCUGGGUCUUUUUAAUGUUUCUCUUUUGCAAAACGCUUCAAUAGGUGCUAUGGGAGGAUGGAGAGAAGGGAGGUGGAUUUGGGGGGACUUCAGUAUUCCGGCAGCCGCUCCGCUACAAAUUAGUGAUGAUGUCAACCGCCUUUGUUUGAUGCUGGAUGGUGCACCGGUUUUGCGGCCGGACAGCCCCGACACGGCUAGGUGGCAGCAUGGUGUGGAUGGCAUCUUUGCCGUCUCUUCUUGUUAUAAUUGGUUGAAUUUGCAGCAUAUUCCUCCUGGCCCGGAUGAUCGCUUCCAUUCGGCUUUUAGCGCUAUAUGGAAGGUGGAGGCGCCCGCAAAAGUGAAGGCGUUUGGUUGGAGGUGCUUUCUCAAUAAGCUCCCGACGAAAGACUCUCUUCUUCGCAAAGGUAUUCUCAAUUCUUCCUCGAAUUUAGAAUGUGCUUUUUGUGGUGAUUGUCAUGAAUCGUUAUUACACUCCUUCUUAUCUUGUCGGAAUUCAGUUAUUGUUUGGAGGGAGAUGUCCGAUUGGGUAGGAAUGAACUAUCAAAGUUUUACGAAUUUUAAGGAGGGGUUUUGUCAUUGGAGUUCAUUUUGCCGGAAAAAGAAAGUCAAAAAGGGAAAGGAGGGAAUCUUUUGGUUGGCUAUUAUUUGGAGUUUGUGGCUUCGAAGGAAUGAUAUAGUCUUCAACAAUGCUUCUUGGAACUCGAGGGAUGUGGUUUGGAGUGUUAAGGCCUUAAUGUGGAGGUGGUCUUUCAUAGGGAAAAUUACUCAUUCCUAUUGUAAUUUCUAUGAGUUUAGCAAUAACCCAUUGUUUUACUUAUCUUAA